AUACAAACAAUUGACUUACUAGAUAAAACUUCCAUAUAUACUAACAACAUUCAACACGUAUCAGCAGACCCAAAAGAAGAUAUGGAAGCAAAGAAAAUCCCAGAAGUGAUACUAAACUCAGGGAAAAAGAUGCCAGUGAUAGGCCUAGGAACCGCAUCAAUUCCUCUUCCAUCACAUGAAGCUCUCACCUCCAUCCUUAUUGAUGCCUUUGAGGUUGGCUACAGACACUUUGAUACUGCUUCUCUGUAUGAAAGUGAGGAGUCUCUAGGCAAAGCUGUGGCAAAGGCCUUAGAGCUAGGCCUCAUAAAUAGCAGAGAGGAAUUAUUCAUCACAUCAAAACUAUGGUCCACUGAUGCUCAUCCUGACCUUGUUGUUCCAGCUCUUAAGACCUCCCUGCAGAAGUUGGGAUUGGAGUAUGUAGAUCUCUAUUUGAUUCAUUGGCCAGUGAGGCUGAAACCUGAAGCCAAAGGGUACCAUAAUAUAUUAAAGGAGAAUGUGCUUCCCUCCUUUGACAUGAAAGGAAUAUGGGAGGCUAUGGAAGAGUGUUACAGAUUGGGCUUAGCCAAGUCUAUUGGUGUUAGCAACUUCGGCAUCAAAAAGCUAAGCCAGCUCCUGGAAAAUGCAACCAUCCCUCCUGCUGUCAAUCAGGUGGAAAUGAGCCCAGCAUGGCAGCAGGGGAAACUCAAAGAAUUCUGCAAGCAGAAAGGAAUUCAUGUGAGUGCAUGGUCACCACUAGGAGCUUACAAAAGUGCUCAUGGUACAAAUGCAGUUAUGGAGAGCCCAAUCCUUAAGGAAAUUGCUUGUGAACGACAGAAGAGCAUGGCUCAGAUUGCACUAAGAUGGAUAUAUGAGCAAGGGGCAAUUGCAAUUGUGAAAAGCUUCAACAAGGAGAGGAUGAAACAAAACCUUGACAUAUUUGACUGGGAACUGAGCCAAGAGGAAUCACAGAAAUUCAGCCAGAUUCCGCAGCGUAGGAUGUAUCGCGGAAUAACUUUUGUAUCAGAAAAUGGGCCUUACAAGACCUUGGAAGAGCUUUGGGAUUGAGAUUCCUGAAAUCAUUCCUAAUAGCAGCAAAAUGUCAUAUAAGGCUGUGUUUGGUUUAAGAUGGGAGGAGGGAACUAGGAGAGAAAUUUUGUACUUUUCAUGUGGAACUCACAUCUUUUACACUUUAAUAAAACAAAAAAAAUCUUCUAUUUCUAUCCUCUAAACCAAACACACCCUAAAUGUGUAUCUCUAUAUUUACGUAUGCAACCCAUGGCAUGGAUUCAUCAAUGUUGCCGGGCCAUUUAAAGGAAUAAGAUGGAUAGAAAAAGAAUUCCUGGCAUUUUAAUAAAAACUCACUUUAUAUUCU